AUGACAACGUCAAUUCUCCAAAGAUUUGGUGGAUUACUUGAACCUACGAAUUUUUAUAUUGUUUCUGUAGUAGCGUAUUCGUCGAGCAACCGCCCAGAGAAUAUUGGAGGAAUUACAAAAGAGGCCGUUGAACAAGUGGGCCCUUCAAUCUUUGCAAAAUUACGUGAAGCUUUGGUUAAAUCAGCUCCAUUAGUGGGCUUUCCUAGAACCAUCAAUUCGUUACGCGAAUUGGCUUUGAAUUUUCCAAAAACAUUUCCAAAUGAAUUUAGUCGAGCCUCAGAUGAACAAGUAAAUACCUCUGUUCGAGGAAAACUAUAUUUUGAAAAGACGUAUGGCAAGGUGACAGAUCGAGUCCUCAAUUCGAUGCAAUCUUCUUCUUCAGACUUGGCUCAUAUUGCUAUCGACUAUGCCUAUGGAAAAGUACUUUCCUUCAACGAAGUCAUUAGUCCCUUAGAAACAAGUUUAAUGAUUAUCGCUUCUCUCGUUCCACAAGAUGUGAACCCUCAGCUUCGAGGCCAUUUGAAGGGUGCUCUGAAUCAUGGUGCUACGAAGGAACAAGUAAUGGCCGCACGCAACAUCUCUGUAGCAAUUGCAAAGGAUUCUGGAAUUGUUUUUCGUGGUGAGGUAGAAUCUCUUUAA